CACACAGAUUGAUGAAAUGCCAGAAUCCGCUGUGAAAUCAGCUUCCAACAAAUACCAGGUCUUUUUCUUUGGAACUCAUGAAACGGCCUUUCUGGGCGCCAAGGACCUCUUUCCUUACGAAGAGUGCAAGGUGAAGUUUGGCAAAGCGAACAAGCGGAAAGGCUUCAGUGAAGGCCUGUGGGAGAUCGAAAACAACCCCACCGUCAAGGCCUCGGGAUACCAGCCGGCUCAGAAGAAGCACCCCACGGAGGAAGGCAAAGCUGAACAGGACCCUGAUACGGGGAAGAAGGGCAGCCCCGAAGGGAGCAGCCACGAGGAGGGAGACCUGGUGAUCGACGAGCAAGUCAAGGAGAAGAACGAGAAGGCUGCCCACAAGAGGAAAGCCGCGGGGGCCUUGGAGGAUUUCUCUCCCAAGCGCAUGAAAGACGGGGAGGACCAGGCGGAAGCGGCUGGAGAGAAGCUGGGCUGUGAGGACGCAGCCCAGGAGGCUGAGAAUCAGAAGCCCGCUCUGCCGGAGGCAGGGGAGGAGGGGAAGAACAGCAGCAGCGGGAGCCCCGUCAACGUGCCAGGAGCAGAAGAGAGGAAGGAAAAAGAUGCCCCUGAGGAAGAAGAGGAGGAGGAGGAGGAGGGAGAGGAAGAGCAGGAAAGCAGAGAUCACGGGAAGAGCCUGUAGCUGGCCGUCUGCCCUCCGGCCCCAGCCGGCCUCCUGGUUUCCCCGGUGCUACGAACCAGAUUCCGUCAUCCUCGCCUUUCCGUCUCCGACGUUCGGCAGAAAGGGGGCGCGAUCCAACAUUUCCACAGCAGGAAUAGGAAACGGUCUCUGCCCAGCCAACCCGCACCUCUCCUGGCCGGACAUCGUGCCGGUCCUACGCUUUGAGCUAGUAAUAAUUUCUAGAGGGAAUAUACUGAUCAGUCACUUUGGAAUAAAAGCAGUUGGAUGCCUUUUUAA